AUGACGUGGGACCGCAACGCGUUGAGCCAUUCCAAAUGCGGCCAGAAAAUUGAUAAAAUGAAUAUUUAUUUUCAAGAAGUUGAAAAAGGAGCUUUCUUUUCGGAAAAUCGCUCAAUUUAAGGCAAUUUUUUGAAUUGGAAGAUUUUUUCGAGGUCGAAUUUGAUCAUUGCUCGGCUAUUUUCAAGUUUCAAACGUUAUUUUUUUGUUUUUCUUUUUUUUUCCACAGCAAAUCAUUCAAAAUAAAUUUUGGAACGUCAUUUUUGAGAUCUGUCAAAAAAAGACCUUUUUUUCCAUUUUUUUAACUUUACGAAGCAGUAUCAGCAUUAGAGUUGAUUUAAAAAAAUCAUAGUUUUGUUUCAAAACUUUUUCCAAACGUCUUUAAUGUCGUAUCAGAUUCAAAGAACGGUUUUGAAAUUUAAAAAUAUCAAAAAGAAUAAUUGAAAGAAUAGUUUCCCUAGACGUGGGGGUGCUUGAGAGACAAGUUGGUCGGCCAGAAGGAAAACUUUCGUUUUUGGGAGCUCCUCCGUCUUCGUUCUUUCCUUUUUUCCUUCUUUUGACAACCCGCCCGGCCGCUCCUUCAAUCUUACGCCACCCGCCACUUUUCCUUCCUUUUUUUUUUGUUUUGUCUUUUCAAAUUGGUUAUGUUCCUUUUUUUCUGGCUUGCUAGUCCUCGAAGUUUCCGACAAAAUCCACUUUUUGAGCUUUUUUGGAAGGUUUUUUGUGGUUCAAAGUGACAAGUUUAGUGUUUUUUCGUGUUCCUCGGUUUCGAAAAAAAUGCCAAAAAUAUAUACUUUUUUUUCUAUCCUCGGCUUGAUCUAAAAAUUUUCAAAACUCCAAAAAAAAACUUUGAUGAAGACAAAAAGACUGCGAAAAGAGAAGAAAAAUGGAAAGGACUCAAAAAAGGCUGUUAAAUAAAAACGUCCGCGUCCUUUUAGAGACUUUUAUGGGCCCUUAAAAGGCCUUUUCCCGAUUUGCCUAUGAAAGACCGUCGAGAACUUCUUUUCCUUUGGUUUAAUGGUCUUUUUUCGAGUUUGAAACAGAAAAAAAACCGGAAAAAUAUAUUUCUUAGGAUUAAAAAGUCCCUGAAUUUUGAAGCAAAGAACUUUUUUUUGGUUUUAUAAUUAAAAAUUCGGUUCUAUCAGUAUAUUGAAAAUAUAUCUCGAACUUUAUUGGAUACAAAAAUUUCUUCCCUUAAUCCCCCAAUUACCCAUAAAAGGCUGUGACAAAUCUCGUUCAAAAUAAGAUUUUGAGCGAAAUUAAAUGACUUUUUCCAACACCUGCAAGCCUUUAUUUCCGCUCAGUUCUGUUUUCAGCCUUUUCUUCUCCCUUUUCAGUAGGAGUUGCCUACUUUCUCCGAACAACAACUAAUUGCCAACCAAAUGUUCGUUCUCAUCUUUGAAAUGGAGAAAUUUCUCGAUUUCGAAUCAUUUUUCCUUUCCUUUCCUUUUCUCUUUCUUUUCUUUUUUUUGCAAAGCAUUCCUGUUUGAAAAGAAGAAUUUAAAAAAACAGAAGAAAAAUCACAAAACGCAAAAAAAUUUUAAUCUCUCAUCAACCGAUCAAAUUCAAAGUUAAUGUUUGAUCUUUACAUUUUUUUCGAAAAAAAUCCUUCUCUUCAUUUUUCUAAUAGUUAUUUUUACUUUGAAAGACCAAAUUUUUUUAAAAAUUAUUAUUAUUAUUGUGAAAAUGAUAAAAAUUUUUUUGCCGAAAAAAAUAUGUGCGUUAGAGCGCGAUUAACACUGUAGGGAAUAAUAAAUUUUUUUGAAGUAAAAAAAGUUUUUUUAUGGAUCUUUUAAUUGAAUUUAGUGUUCACUUUCAAUUAUAAGCUCUAGACGAACGGGAACUAUGACAAAACUUUUUAAUUAAGAAAAAUAUACUCAGUUAAACUUGUAACUCAAUUUUUUUCUUCGAAUUCAUCGAUUUUCCGGUCUGAAAAAUGAUUAUAACUACUAUAAAUUACAUGAUUAUCUUUAACAAAAAAAUAACAAAUACAAAAAAAUUUGAAAAAAAUCGCUAAUUUUCACCCACAUAAUCAUUUUUAUAUCGUUUUUCUCAUUUUGCACUUGAUUUUUUUUUAAUUGCUCAAUUUUGAACCUUCAGACCAGCGCCCAAGCGUCGAAGCGCCAUCUCAACUCUGAAAAGAGCCCAAAAAGUGGUGAAACGGGAAGAAGUCGUUGUUCUGGAGAGGAAAAGGCCGGCGCGACGUCGUCUUUCCACAACCCUUCUGCACGAUUUACAGCCAUCGGUUUUUAUUUUUUUGGUUUUCAUGAAUAUUAAAGCUUCCUUCUGAUCUGAGAAAGUUUUGACCACUUUGAGGACGUUUUAGUGGUCACUAUAGUAGUCGAAUUAGUGGCCACUUAGGAGGUUUAAACCAAGUGGCCUUCUUGUGAGUCUAAUGGUACUACUGGACUAAGAAAAUCUACUAUAGUGGCCGCUAUAGAGGAGGGAUUAGUGGCCACUUUAGUGCCCUCUCCAGGUAGUCCUUGAGAAGCCUCUUAAAUGGCCACUAUAGUUUUUCCCAAGUUGGAAAAGUGUUUGAGAGUUGAAAGUCCAAAAAAGCUUCGAGAAGAAAAAAGUUGAAAAAGAAGAAGAAAACGUCAAGCACAGCAUCCAAUUUCUCUUGUCAGAUACUAUUUCACGCCGUCUUUCGUUCCUCCUUUUUAUAGACCCUUUUUCGGAUCAAUUGAACCUUCUGCAAGAAAAAGAACUCCUUUCUUUCUUUAUUUACUUUUUUAAUAAAUUGAAGAGUAAAUUUCGAAACGUUACAUCACAAAUAUCAAAGGGUUACUUAGCUGUACUGGCAAAAUUUUUAGUGGCCACUAUAGAUGCUCGCCAAGGACUUGGAGAGGACACCAAAGUGGCCACUAAACCCACCUCUAUAGUGGCCACUAUUUUCCGUUUUAGUGGCCACUUCAGUAGUUUUUCAUGCAGUAUUCCUUCCAGUAACUCUGAUCAAUCAAUCAAUCAAAUCAUUUAUUUUGUUGGUUUAGUCAUAGAUGUAUCGACUAGGCGGUGAACAAGAACUUUGAAAGCUAUAACGAACAACCGCCUUUGGCGAGGGUCCUUCGUCUCGUCCUUCUGCGCGUAGUGUAUCCAGUUGCGCCUUGACGAGCUCAGAAUGUAGCGAAUGUUCUGCUGGAGCCCGGAGACCGUGCUCUAGAUGGAAGCCUCAGAAUGAGAGCUACCACUUCGAGUGAAGAUUUUACACGGAAUCUGAUGAUUUUACACGGAAUCUGAUAAUUUUAAAACAAACAGAUUUGACCAAUUAUGAUGAUCCAUUGACCCCUAAAGUGGCCACUAAAAUUUUUUGUGGUCUAGUAGUAUCACUUAGACCUCUAUAGUGGCUAUAAAACGUCAAAACUCUAUAGUGCUCCUCUUUGGAAUUAUAAUCAUUUUGUGAAACAGAAAACGGAGCUAUUCGCAAAUUUUUUUUCCAGCGUUUGUUCAGAGUAGGUUCAAAAAUUUAACAGGUUGAAUGUCGAUUAUUUUCAAAAAUAAAAAAACUUGCAAGGAGAUAGUGUAUCUAGUGAAUUUCUAUACAACAUAUUGCGAAAACACAAGAAAUUUGAAUGAAAUUGAUCGAAAAUGGGCAUUUUUUCGUUGUUUCGGACUCAUUUUUUUGGGAUUUUCUGUGUUCUUUCUUUAAGUGAAAAUGUAUUUUUUUCCAAUAAAAUGACCAAUUAGAAAGUAGAAAAAGAUGAAAUUUUUGCAGGUAAAUGCGCAGGUAGGCUUGGAAGACGGGCCGAUGGAAGGGCUAUCGGAGGAGGCCUCCGUCGACGACGCUUUCGGGUAUAUUAUUCAGAUAUUCAUCCAUUUUUGAAUAUAGUCCAUUCACGGCUAGCUAAAGGGCGUGGCCUGUCUGCUCUCUCUAUAAAUCAUGCGCUAUUUCUUUUUUUUUCGUCUCAGGACCUUUUUCCGAUGGCUCAAGGAGCCGUGAAUCGUUCUUUUGAAAAAAUCUAUUUUUCAUUUUAUUUUAUUCCAGAGUAAACUUUUCAUCGGCCCUUUUGGAGCCGACGACGCACGAUGUCCUCAGCCUCGAGAUGAACCAAUUGGGAGGUGAUUUAUCGAUUUAUUGAUUUUUGUUAAGAAAACCAAAUUGAAGAAGAGCUUCUGAAGAUUUUUGAAUGUGAAAUUGGAGCUGGAGGAUAGAAAAACUCAUGGUUUUUACUUCAAAUUGGAUUUUCACUUUUUAGAAAUUCAUAUUUUUCAUUCAAAAAAAUGCGAACAAGGAUGAAGAAUAAUUUUUUUUUUCAAGCUUUAAAUUUAUCUAUUUAAUGAUUUUUUUUGAAAAAAAAAAUAUACCUUGGCCUUAAAAAUAGUUUCCAAAUGCGAAGUUGGUCUCAAAGGAUGGAAAAAUUUAUCAUUUUUUUUCUUCCAGUUGGAUUUUUUUCUCAUUGAUAUUUUUUUGAUCGAAACUUUGAAAAAAAGGAAAAAGUUUUUUUCAAUUAUCAAAGUUAUUGAUUUUUUUCGAUUUUUCAUCAAAAUUUUGAGAGAAAAAUGCGAAAAAAAUUGAAAUUUUUUUCAAGUGUGAAAAUGGAUCUGAUGAACUGAAAAAAAUUGAUCACUUUUUUUAAAUUUUGUAUUUUUUUAUACAUAAGUUUUGUUGAAAUAAGAAAUAAAAAAAGAAAUGGAUCAUUUGUUAAAUUGGGAUCUUGAAAAGGGAAAGUAGUAUAUAUUUUUCAUUUUCGAAAUUUAAUUUUUCUUCCAGGCUACCUGGACCCGAGGGGUUUCGGUGGCGGAUCUCUGGAUUUUGACGAUUUUGGUGGGUUUUUUUGAGAAUUGUUCAAGUCUGGAAAGGUAGAAAAUAAAGAAAAAUUGAAGAAAAAUCGGUUGGAAAAAAAUUUUUUUUCGAUUUUCGCCUUUAGAAUGGUUAUUUGAAGACUUGAACUUUAAUCAAUUCUUAUAUUUAUUACAGCUCUUUGAAUAAUAAAAUUUUCAUUAUUUUUCACCUAAAUCAUUUUUUUCAGGCCAAUCCAGCUCGAUGUUCGAUCUUCCGCAUACGACUUUUUGACCCGCAUGACAAGCCUUUUUGAGCCUCCAGGUUUUUCAUUUUUGUCAUUUUUUUAUCAUUUUAAAAAAUUAUUAUCAUUGUUUCAAGCAGAAAGAAAGUUUUGCAGUGGAAGAACCUUUGAAAUUCGAGCCCCCCACCCCCGCCGCCACGUUUCGAACAACCACAAAGGUUCCAUUUUUUUCUUAAUUCAAAAACAUAUCCCGCAGAAUUCAAAAUAGCUAGAGAAAGAAAAAAAGAUAACUGAAUUUUGGAGAAUCAGAGAUAAUUUUGAGCUUUGCGGAAAUUAUUUUGAAGCGCGCAUAAUAAUUGAAAAAAUUCUCAAAUAACUCAUUUUUCCUGUUUCAAAUCCUCAUAAUUUUUUUUUGGAAGUUUUAGCUCUUUUUUCGCUCGCUCGUACAUGUGUUUCAGAAAAAAAUUUGAGGUUUUUUUGAUAAAUUAAAAAAAGGCAUGCUCUCAAUAAAUUUCGACUUAAUUGUUUUUUCAAUUUUUUUUUUGGAGAAGUCGUAUUUUAAUGAAAUUUUUCGGUAAAAGAAAAUUUUCAUUUUUCAAAAACGUUCUCAAAAACUUUUUGGCAUACUCUAAGGGUCAAAAACCAGAUUUUCCUGGAUUUUUGAGUUUUUUUCUCCAAAAAGCUGGUAUUUUGAAAAAAAAUUUUUUUAAGGGUUAUCAAUUUUCGUUCUUUUUCUUUUUCACCUAAUUUUUAUUUUUUUAUUUUUUUCAUGUCAAACGAAUUUACGAAUCGUUCGCGUUCAUGAGAAAUCAGCUUAAAUAUUUAUUUUGAAACUGUAAAGUGGAGUUGAUAAUUUUAAUUCAUGCCUUUUUUUCAAAGUAAUACCAGCUUAAUGCAAAAUUAUCUCUGGCUCUCCAAAAUUUAGUUAUAUUUUUCUUUUUCUGACGGCUAAUUUUAAUUUCGUAAAAUCACCUUGAACACGUAUAAUACAUAUAAUCCAUGUAAGAUAAAUAUUCAUUUUUUUCAGUUUUUUUAGAUUUUAUUAUCGCUUUUUUUCCAGACAGUACGAAACACCACGAGCCGUUCCGACUUACCCGGUGAAAAUGGCAGAUCCGUCGACUUAUUCCUCUUAUCCGGCGGUUCGAAACGCUCUUCAGUGGGUUUUCCAUCAAUUUUGAACAUAUUCGAAUAUAAUUUUCUAUUGGCGAUUGCGAAAAAACCAUCUUAAAAUUGGAAAAAUUUGGGAAAAAAAAUUUUUAGUGUUAUAAAUCGCAGAAAAUUCUUAAAAAAAUCGAACCUUUGGCGUUGCUUUUAUCAAGAAAUUCACUUUGAAAAUUUCUCAAUUUGAACGUAAAUAAUGUCUAGGAUCGCAAAAGAGCCAUCUUGAAGUCAUAAAAAAAUGUUUUAGAACAAAAAAUUUGUUCCCAAAAGGCAUUAACCGUCUAAAAAAAUACAAAAAUUUUUGGGUUAUUGGGUUACCGAAAAAAAGAAAAAAAUAUAAAAUUUAAAACAAUAUAGGUAAUCACUGUUUCAUAUCGAGUACAAAGGUAACAUUGCAACUUUUCAAUUGAAAAAUAAAGUUUGGUCCAAAAAUAUUUUUCUUUUUCUUUUUUUUCUAUAUUUUUCUCAAUCAAGUAAGUUUAUAAAGUUUUUUUCCCCCAUUUUAAUUUUUUUCCAAAUCUUUCAUUUCCCAGUUUUUCUUCAGAUCCACGCCGAUUUCCUCGAAGACAAUGAUACUAUCGACGUCUUCUAGCGUCAGAAGAUCGACGUCUUCUCGAACGGCGAGCAAAAAAGAACAACUGGACCCGCAAAGAGUCGAGGAUGAAGUGGCCAGGUACAAGAAAAACCUGAAGAUUCCACAAAAAAUGGAAAAUUCCAGAAACGUGUCUCAAAUUCUGUCGGCUACCAAACAACAGGAAGCCCAGCAGAGGUGGAAUUUCUUGUAAAUUCAUAAUUUUUUCCAUUUUCAGAAGCGGAAUCGCGCCGCCGACGCCGCCACGAUACGGAUAUUCGUGCGGGAAUUGCAACAAACACGUGACCAGCGCCAGGAAUUUGCAGGUUAUUUGAAAUUCCCGUUUCAAGACCGUGUAUUUAAGAUUUUAAGGUUUUUUCUGGUUUGAUUUAAAAUCGAUCAGAUGUAAAAAAAAAAGAAAAAUUUAGCCGUGAUUUCUUGAAGAUUUCUUUACCUAGGAACUCCAGAGUGGUCCCUAAAGAGACACCAACCCCUAUAGGGGAUACUAGAGCUUGCAAAAGGGGUCCCUAUAGAGGAAUGCUAGUCGAUAAUUGUUAUGAACUUUAAGCGAAGAAGCAUUUUCAUGGGGAAAAAACUGAAUAAAUAAGCGGUUUUUGAAUGAAAUUGAGAGACCCCUCUAGGGUCCACUUGAGCUUUAAGGACUCAGAGGUCGUACUUCAAACUCCUGUAGGGACCGCCCUGAUUUUACCCCUAUAGAGAUCAUUUUUUCGGCCCCAUACAGGGGCUUGAAUGCAUACAGUUUCUUGGUGAAUCUACUAAAUUAUUCGAUUCCUCAUAUUUGGAACUUUCAGCGACACCGACAGGCGUGCUACUCCGUCAAAAAGGUCCCAACUCUGGCCCCGCCUCCGUCCCAACUUCCGAUGACGUCAUCUACCUCGUCGUCCUUCACGUCGCCGACCUCCUUCAGCACGCCGAUGACGUCAUCCGGACAGGCGACGUCGUCGAUGCCGACGACGCCCGCCCCGCCGCACGUCUCCAUGCCGCCGCCGUCGGCUUCGACGUCGGGCCCGCCGAGCAACUUCCUCAGCUCGCCCAGUGCCGAUUCCAAGGUCUGGAGGGAGAGGAAUUGAAAGCAAGAAUGAGGAAACUCGAGAAGAUAAGGCGAUAG